UUCAUGUUACGUGCCUACGUCACGUGCCACGCCCUCCGAAAAGUGGAAGUCACGUCACAUUACGUCACAUUACGUCCGACGUCUUAAUAACUUGUGAGAUCUUUCCGGAGCCGAAACAUGACGAAGAAAUGGCGUUUUUGACAAACGCCUCCGUGUGUUGAUGACAGCCGGGGUCCGGGAGCAGACGGCCGGGGUCCGGGAGCAGACGGCCGGGGUCCGGGCGCAGACAGCCGGUGGGGUUCAGAGUCGGAGCCGCUAAACCGGAGCCGGAGGAGGAGACGCAACAGGAGGUCCAGCUGGUCGGCCAUGGCGGAGCGGAGCACGUAAACACCGGGAAGGAGACACGGACACACGGACAGCCGGGACUGGGUUCACAUUUCCCUUCCAUGGAGCCCCGGGGCGGGCCGGGACCGUAGGCCGCCGACAGCCCCAUGGCGUCCACCCAAAGCCGGAUCGGCCAGCAGGCCCUGGCGGUGCUGGAUGUGGCUCUGCGGGUGCCCUGCAUCUUCAUUAUCGACGCGAUCUUUAACUCCUACUACGACCCCGGGGCGGGGUGGGCCGGGGCGGCCGGCAGGGUGCUGGUCCGAGUCACGGGCGUCCUCGUCUCCAGCGUCGUGCUGCUUCUUUCCCAGAAGGCCUUGUUCAAGUUCUACACGCUCUUCUUUGCCGUCCUGCUCGGCACGGCGGCGGUCCUCGUCAACACCUACGUCACCACUCAGGCGGACUUCUACGGCGCCUACUACAAGGCGGCGCUGGGCUUCCGGCUGCUGCCCCGAAACGGGCCCACGCUGUGGCUGGGCGUGGCCGCCGUGCAGCUGCUGUUCGCCGUGGGCUACGUGUUCCUGCUGGACCUGCGGUCACUGUUUGCCGCCCUGGUGGUGCUGGACGUCAUGAUCCCUCUGUGGGGGAUCGCGGCGGAGCUGCCGGCCGACGCGCGGCAGCUGGUGGCGGCGUUCUCGGCCCUGGUGCUGGGCCUGAACACGGCGGCGUGCCUGGUGGCGCGGCUGCGCUGGUUCUACUACUCCUGCCGCUACGUGUUCCUGCUGGUGCGACACAUGUACCGUAUCUACGGCCUGCAGCUGCUGCUGGAGGACACCUGGAAGAGGAUCCGCUUCCCUGACGUACUGAGGGUCUUCUGGCUGACCCGGGUCACAGCUCAGGCCCUCAUCCUGGUCUAUGUGGUCCGAGCGGUGAGGAGGGAGAGUGGUGACGCCACGGGUGGAGCCGCCGACGGAGGAGCUGACGCACAGGGUUUCCUGCUGAGCUGGGACGUGCUGUGGGACGUGGCCAGUAACCUGAUCAUCUCAGGAUGCGACUCCACGCUGACGGUGCUGGGCAUGAGCGCCGUCAUCUCCUCAGUGGCGCAUUACCUGGGCCUCAGCAUCCUGGCCUUCAUAGGUUCCACAGAGGAGGAGGACAAACGUUUAGGGUUCGUGGCCCCGGUCCUGUUCUUCAUCCUGGCUCUGCAGACCGGCCUCAGCAGCCUGGACCCGGAGGAGCGUCUGGUCCGCCUCAGCCGGAACAUGUGCCUUCUGCUGACCGCCAUCCUCCACUUCAUCCAUGGGAUGACUGACCCGGUGCUCAUGAGCCUCAGCGCCUCCCACGUGUCGUCGGUGCGCCGCCACGUGCCCGUCCUGCUGGUGUCGGCGGCGCUCUUCCUGCUACCUGUGGCGCUCAGCUAUGCCCUCUGGCACCACUACGCCCUCAACACCUGGCUGUUCGCCGUCACCGCCUUCUGCGUGGAGCUGUGCCUCAAGGUGCUGGUGUCUCUGACCGUCUACGGCCUCUUCAUGGUGGACGGUUUCUCCAAUGUCCUGUGGGAGAAGCUGGACGACUACGUCUACUACGUGCGCUCCACGGGGAACAUCAUCGAGUUCCUGUUCGGCGUCAUCAUGUUCGGGAACGGCGCCUACACCAUGAUGUUCGAGUCGGGCAGUAAGAUCCGUGCCUGCAUGAUGUGCCUGCACGCUUACUUCAACAUCUAUCUGCAGGCCAAGAACGGCUGGAAGACCUUCAUCAACCGACGCACCGCCGUCAAGAAGAUCAACUCGCUGCCUGAGGUCCGCGGCGACCAGCUGGGGCGCAUCGAGGAUGUGUGCGCCAUCUGCUACCAGGAGUUCGCCACGUCGGCGCGCAUCACGCCGUGCCACCACUAUUUCCACGCGCUGUGUCUGCGGAAGUGGCUGUACAUCCAGGACACGUGUCCCAUGUGUCACCAGAGGGUGUACGUGGAGGAUGAGGGCCGCAACAGGGACGCCUUCUCCAACAACAACAGGGGCUACGCGCCGCCGCCGCGGGACGCCCAGGCGCCGGUGCGGGAACACCACCGGCGCGGGUCGGCGGACGGCGAGCCACCCAUCGAUGAAGCGGUGGGCGGGGCUCCAGCGGUGGGCGGGGCUCCGGCCGCAGGCGGGGCCGGGGAACAGGACAAUGAGCUGCUGGAGGACAACGACAGCAUCGAGUACGACGAAGACGAGUGGGGGACGCAGAACGGGGGCACGCCGGUAGAAGAGGACUACAUCAACGACGACACGGACGCCACCGACGACUGACGCACACCCACAGUCUGUUUUUAAGUUCAAGUCCACGCCGAACUGAGACGUCAGGACGCGUGUGUGUCCUUCCUCUGAGUUUGUGGUUUGUUUUUGCGUUGUGGGUUUUUCUCUCUUAAGGGCUCAUGAACGAGAAUCUGCUGCUCAGUGUGAGUGUGAGGAUGAGUGAGACGGGGCUGCGGGACGGUCACCACGGUAACCACGGAAACCACAGUAACCACGGAAACCAAAACCAGCUCACCUUAAACAGGGGUGUCACACAUAAGGUCCAGCCCCCCCCCCUCAGAAUGACACUGAAGAUAUUAACAGUCACGUUGGUUCAGGUUCCACAUUCGGACCCAUCUGGUCUAACGUGGGUCAGAACCAGAACAGUGAAGUCUGUUUGGUUUUGUGGAAAAAAAAAGGAAAAUUACAUGAAAAUAUUAACAUUUCCAGCCUGUCCUUUAACAGUAACAUGAAUAAACUGAACAAACUGAAGUGGGUCCAUCUAAACCAGUGGAACUGGACCAGUAUUCAGUCUGUCCUUAAAUGUUCUGGGAUCUGGACGAUAGAAUGAACAUGUGGAAAUAAUAAACUGAGGCUGAAUAUUGGUCACAUGACACUGACUUACUUUUAACCCUUACAGACCCAGAGCUACUUUUACAUCAGUUCCCAAAGGAUUGUUUUUCUCUAUAUUUAACAAUUCAUAAGUGAAUUAUCACCAUUAACUAUAAUAUUAUUCACCUUAGUUUGUGUUUUUUUCAGGAUAAAUCCUGUAUUUGUUAUUUGGGUGUGUAAGGGUUAAAGGUGGACAUCUGGGUCUUUAAGGGUUAAAGGUGGACAUCUGGGUCUUUAAGGGUUAAAGGUGGACAUCUGGGUCUGUAAGGGUUAAA